UCUUCUGCUUCCAUUCCCCCCCCCCCCCCCCCCCCCCCCGCUUUGAUCCUGAUCUCUGACUUCUUCUGUUUUUUCUCUUACUUUUUCUCGCAUUGUAGCUAUAUGUUCUUUUAUGAAUAUGAAUCUCUUGUAUCUCAUCUAUGUGUACGAUCAUUUUACUUAUGAUAGUGUACUGUGAUUUUGAUUACUUCUUUUAUCCUUUUGUUUUUCUCUUUCGAAUCUGGUCUUUGAUUGUUUCUUACCCUGUAAAACAAUUAUUUGUUUUUGAUAAAUUUGAUUUUCUCUCCACUAUAUAGAGGCAUAUCUACUAAUGACUUAAAUUUACUUCCUCCUUGGGUUGGCAGCUUUCCUUUUCUGCCUUUAAAAUCAGAUUUUCUCUACCCUUUGUUUGGUUGUCGAGAAAAAUUGUGGGGAAACUUGAAGAUUGCCUCAUGUUGUUCCCAUUUCCUGGAAAAUGAAAAAGGCAAAGCUUUUUGCUCAAGCCCUUAGUUGGGUUCAAUGUUUUCUGGGUUUAAAUGUAGCACUUUCCCAUUUUGUUUCUCCGCAAACAGUUUAGAAUUCCAUCAUUUUUUCUUGCUUUUCCGUGCAGCUAGACUUUGUUGCUGAUUUAGCAUUAAAAAGAAAAAAAAAAUCUUAUCCUAUGUUUUAUAUUCGAAUCCUAUACAGAUCUCUUGAAACCUUAGAUUUUGUAUAGAUUCGAUUUAGAUAUGCUUAUUUCCUUUGUCCAAUUUGGGCACUGUUUUAGCUCGGCCCUUUGUCCAAAUCUAUUUAAGAGUUUAACUUCCUUCCAUAUUCUCCAUUAAUAACCUCCAACUCUCCAACCAUUUUAGGAAUAUUGGUGCCCAUUUAUGCUGGAGUUUUGACAAAUGAAAGCGCGAUUGAAACCCGGUUUGGUUCUGAAUUUAUCAUCGUAGUGAUGAAUAAUCUGACUGUUGAAACAGAAGGUACUUUCCCCAGUUUGCUUGAACUGGCCGCUAACAAUGACGUUGAGGGGUUCAAAGAGUGUGCUCAGCAUAAUCUUUCUCUUAUCGAUGAGGUAGGGUUAUGGUACGGGCGGCAGAAGGGCUCGAAACAGAUGGUUCUUGAGCAUAGAACUCCUCUAAUGCUUUCUGCUACCUAUGGUAGUGUCGAUGUCGUUAGGCUGAUUCUUUCAUUCUCUGAUCUUGGUAUCGAUGUCAAUCGGGCAUGUGGCCUUGAUAAGAGCACUGCCCUUCACUGUGCUGCAUCGGGUGGUUCUAAGCACGCAGUUGAUGUUGUGAAACUUCUCUUAGAAGCAGGUGCUGAUCCUGAUAUAGUCGAUGCCAAUGAUCGCCGUCCUGUUGAUGUUAUUGUAGUGCCCCCAACGUUCCAAGAUCUGAAAUUCACUCUUCGGGAACUUUUAGCAGCCAAUGGCUCUGUUGGCGAGCGCAAUUCGAAUUCUCCAUCCCCAUCGCCAUCUUGGCACUCAGCUUCCUCUCCCAAAAGUUCAAAGUUGGUUGAUGUUGUUGCUGUUUCUUCUGCUUCAGAGAAGAAAGAAUACCCUGUUGACCCCUCGUUGCCGGACAUCAAGAAUAGCAUCUAUUCAACUGAUGAGUUCCGGAUGUUCUCAUUUAAGGUCAGGCCUUGUUCUCGCGCCUACUCUCACGAUUGGACCGAGUGCCCAUUUGUUCAUCCGGGUGAAAAUGCUCGAAGAAGGGACCCUAGGAAAUAUCACUACAGCUGUGUUCCUUGUCCUGAGUUUCGUAAAGGGGCUUGUCGAAGAGGAGAUAUGUGUGAAUAUGCUCACGGGGUCUUUGAGUGCUGGCUCCAUCCGGCUCAAUACAGAACCCGGCUCUGCAAGGACGGCACAAAUUGCAAUAGAAGAGUAUGCUUCUUUGCCCACACUCAAGACGAACUUCGUCCCUUGUAUGUCUCGACUGGUUCUGCUAUGCCAUCCCCAUUCUCAUCAGGUAAUGGUGCUGGUGCUGGUGCUGCUAAUGCCAUGGAUUUUGCUGCAGCCAUGAACCUUCUACCGGUCUCGCCAUCUUCUGUCUCGGUGAUGUCCCCCUCGCCUUUGACUUCACCCAUGUCUCUAUCUGCCAAUGGCAUUUCAAACAUGGGUUGGCCCCAACCGAAUGUCCCAGCGUUGCAUCUACCGGGAAGUAAUUUUCAGUCCAGUCGCUUGCGAUCAUCUCUUAAUGCAAGAGACAUUGUAGCAGGGGACUUCGAUUCGUUUCCAGAUUGUGAUUUGCACCAACAGCAGCUCCUAAAUGAACUCUCCCGUCUCUCUCAACCAAGCAUUAGUUGUAAUUCUUUGAACCGAUCUGCUCGUUCAAAAACCCUAACCCAUUCAAACCUCGAAGAUCUCUUUUCUGCAGAGAGCUCUUCUCCACGGUACUCCAACGACCAGGCAUUGGCUUCGGCUUCGGCUUGUUUCUCCCCUACGCACAAGUCAGCUGUUCUCAAUCAGUUUCAGCAGCAGCAGAGCAUGUUGCUUCCAGUCAAUACCAAUUUCUCACCAAAAACUGUUGAUCACCCUUUUUUGCAAGCCUCUUUUGGAGUUUCAUCUUCGGGGAGGAUGUCUCCGCGUAGCGUGGAGCCCAUCUCACCUGCGAGCUCUCGGAUUCACAUGCAUGCUCAACGUGAUAAUCGAUCACAACAGUUUCGCAGUCUUAGUUCUCGUGAUCUUGGCUCCAAUUCUCCUGCCAUUGUUGGCUCCCCCGGUGAUUCGUGGUCACAGUGGGGAUCCUCCAAUGGAAACCCAGACUGGGCUAUCAAUGCUGACGAAUUUUGUAUUGGUAGACUUCGCAGAUCAUCGUCGUUUGAGCAUGUAAACAGUGGGGAAGAGCCUGAUCUAUCAUGGGUUCAAUCCAUCGUCAAAGAAUCUCCACAAGAAAUGAGGGAAAGGCCUGCUUCACCCGCAUUAGGUGGCGUUGCAGUUGCCGCCGGAUCCUCAAGUGAACACUCAAAUUUGAAUUCCCUGAUUGAACCGACUGAUCAGUCUGUUUUGGGUGCAUGGCUGGAACAAAUGCAGCUUGAUCAGCUGAUGGCUCAGUAAAAUCUUGGGCAUGAGAAGCAAUCUUCUUUCACAUUUUUCCUGGAAAAUCACCUAUUUUUGAUUUAUGGAUUUUGUUGGUUACGAUUUGGAGGAAUUUGACAGUAAGCAGGAGGAAAGCAAGGAAGAACAGGAGCUCAAGUAUUCAGAGGAAAAAUAGUAUUUUUAAUAUUGUAAUUUAUCAUUACAGCUUAAGUUAGAAAGGAUAAAAAAUCAAUGGGUUUCCCCUCCCCAACAAAGGAAUCCCAAUUUCUAUCAGUAAGUAUUUUAAAAUUUAGGACUAAGUUUUUCCCCAUCUUCAACAUUACUAAACUUGCAUGAAAGUGACGCUGAUGGGUCUAUUAGAAUAAGCCACGAAAGCUCUUAUCUUACAGGAUUUGGUUCUGUUCUGGCUUGUUCCUUUGUAUUUUAAUACUCACAAAAAAAGUAGAGGGUAAGGAAGAUGGAAAGAGAUUAUGGGAAUUGAUGUAACGUUCAUAUACUUAUAUUCAUAUAUUCUGCAGAUGAUUUGCUUGA